GAUCGAACUCGAUUAGAAAGAUUUUUAAAAAUAGUACCCAGAGGAGGAAGAAAGCCAGUUUAUAGCUCGAAACUAUCUCAUCUUAAAAUAGCACACUACCGUCCACUUUCAAAUAAAAAAAUCAAAGGCAUUGUGCAUACUUUCCAAAAUAUAAUUCAUUUAGAUUUCGAAGGAAGUAUGAAAUCUGAGUCUGUUGGUAAAGUUCUAAAGCUAAUAGCAGAAUCAUACCCAAAUUUGGAGUAUCUCAAUAUAUCUGCUUUACGUAAUAUAUUUCGACCGAAAAAUGAUAAAGGUCUAACUGCAAUCGCAGAUUCAUGUCAUAAAUUAGAAUGUCUAAAUAUUUCUAAUCGCACAGAGUUUUCUGAAAUAUCAAUUUGCAAUGUUAUUCGUUCUUGUCCAAGGCUCCGGCAACUUGAUCUUAGCUGUUGUGAAAUUACUGAUAUAACUAUCGAAGAAAUUGCUAGAUCAUCCCUUAAUUUAAAAUAUCUUAAUCUGAGAGGGUAUUAUAUAAUUAGUAAAGAAGCUGUAGAUCAGGUCGUUUCACUUAAUCCCAAUAUCAAUAUCGUGAAUUUCGUGGAUACUAUAACGCCUUCUGAUCUUAUUGGAGUGGUUAUAAAUUAUCUUACACAGAAUAACGUUGCUAGUAGACAGAUUUUAGCUCAGAGCCUUUUAGAUCUAAGUAUGCGAGAUAAUUUGCAGUGGAGUGAUUCAAAAUUAGAAGGCUUAAAACUUGACGAUAACUUUUUUACGAAGCUUUGUGAUGAAAAUAUCACUGGUGAUUUAUUUCUCAGGCUAACAGGAUGGGAUUUAAAGGAAUACAGAAUGACAUUAGGACAGGCAUUAGAACUUGAGGACUACAUUAAGGAAUU